AUGCCUACCCUCGACAUAUACCAUAUCCGCGAUAAUCCAGAUCUCUACGCGCAGAACUGCCUCUCACGAAACUACCCUAACCUCGCCUCCAACCCAUUCCGCAUCAUCAAGCUCAUGUACUAUCACCAGGCUUUGCAGGAAGCUGCGAAAUCUCUUCGCGAACGCGCAAAUGCUUUACAGAUUGUGCUUCUACUGUUAGAAGAAGAGGGGAAGAACAUAGAAGGAGCGCUUAACGAAGCAAGGGAAGUUAAGACAAGGCUUCUUGAAUUUGAAGAGGUGGAGGGGGAUAUCAUGAGCAAGAUAGAGGGUUUGGCGCUGGCGUUGCCGAAUAUCACAAGCAAGGAGACGCCGAGAGGGGCUGAGUUUGAGCCUAUCUGUCAUGUCAACGCCGAUGAAAAGACUAUUCAGAUCAAGGAUAGCAAGGGAAAGCCUAUUCAUCAUGUCGAAAUCGGAAAGCAGCUUGGCAUCAUCGGCUUUGCUUCCGACAAUUCUACAUCCGGCAGGGGAUCGUACUAUCUCGUUGGCGCCGGCGCCCUCCUAGAACAGGCCCUCGUCUCGUACGCUCUCAGCUUCGCGACUCGCCAAGGCUGGACUCCCGUCUCACCUCCGUCCCUAGUCUACUCUCACAUCUCCGCCGCGUGCGGCUUUGAACCUCGUCAUGCUAGCGGCGCGCAGCAGGUUUAUGACAUUGCUCAGGAUGAGCAGAAUAAGAUAAAGGGUGCGCCUGAGAUGAGUCUGACGAGGACAAGCGAGAUUACGCUGGCUAGUAUGAAGGCAAACACAAUAAUCUCCAAGGAGGAGUUGCCGCUUAGAAGGGUGGCUGCUUCAAGAUGUUACAGGCCUGAGGCUGGGCUGGACACAGAGGGACUGUAUGGAGUGUGUGAGUUUACCGAGGUCGAGCUCUUUGCCUGGACGAAGCCAGACCAAGAAGAAAUGGAAUUCUUCUUUGACGAAAUAAUCGACAUCCAGACUGAUAUCCUCGGCGCCCUUGGCCUCACAUGCCGUGUUCUUGGCAUGCCAGUCCACGGCCUUAGCGCCAGAGAAGCCAGUAGAGUCUCCAUUGAGGCCUUCUUUCCCUCACGCGCGGUGGGUAAAACACCGGACGAGGUCCACGACGCUGCCUGGGGAGAAAUUGCCUCUGUGAGUUUCUGCACGGAUUACCAGAGUCGACGGCUGGCGACGAGGAUGAGGGACGCGAGGGAUGGGACGUUGGGAUUUCCGUGGACGGUGAGUGCGACGGUAUUGGAUGUGCCUAGGGUUAUUGCGGCGUUGCUGGAAAUCGGGUGGGAUGCUGAUGAGGGGAUUGUGAGGUUGCCCAAGGUGUUACAUCAGCUUAUGGGUACAGAUAGGAUUGAGGGCCCCAAGGGGGACUGA